GGCUUCCGAUGACUAGCGAAGAGCGUAGCCGCUGCACCCGAUGGCGUCUCGGAUGGCUACCUGGUGGUCAUUCCAACUUCUGCUUCCGUCAUCCCACCUCUCAAAUCUUUGAGCAACAGCGACAUACUGUCUAUGGAAUGGAAAUAUACCGAUUUAUUUGACGGAAAGAGCGUUCAUGCUUUUGGUAAAUGGUGUGCAAAUAAAGUAGACUUUGCAGCUGCUCAGUCGAAAAGAAAACGCAGUAGCAGCGAGACAAUCAGCGUGCGCCCACUGUUUGUUCUAAAAGAGCAGUAUAUUGACGAUAUAGCACAGAAAGUACAGGAUUACUUGCCACAGUACCAGCUGUUUAUUGAAACGUUAAAGAAAGAAAGGUACCAAAUAGUAGGCUAUGCCAGAAAGUCGAAAACUAAGGGAAACGACGAAUCUCGUAUUCAUUUGUUGCAACAGAUGGGCAGGAGGCUAAAGGAAAGAUCGCUAGUCGAUAAGAUUUUUGUUUCUCCUCUUUCAAAUGCUAAUGACGAGAUAAUAGAAAGGGAUUUGAAAAAAAGUUAUCUCUUAAAGCAGCUGGAUGUCGAUGGGGACACUCAAGGUACAAAAACAAAAAUAAGUCGCCCAAUGCAUUUUAUCUUUGGUCUUACCAGUCGGCUUUCUAGAUUUGCGGCUUUCUAGAUUUGCUCAAAUAUGACACGUUGUGUGAAAAUAGGAAAAAUUACAUCAGCAAAAGAUUGUGCGGCAGACCGGACAGUAAGAACUCGACCCGAAUUAUCACACGAUAAUAAAUUGAAGACUGAGUUCGAAUCACCUCUUUUAAAUGUGAUCCGAAUAUGAAAUUAGAUCAUGAGCCCUUUU